GCCUUUACGUGAAAUUCUGUACCGGAUACUGGUGGUUGCUUUAUAAGCUCAAAACUGGAAAAGGGCAAAAGUCCGAAUGGAUGUUGUGUAGGAAGACUGCAUGUGUUGCGCACUCUGGGAAUCAAAGUGUUUGUUUUUAUAACUGCGUGGUUUUUACGUGCCAGUUAAAGAUGUAUGUAUAUCUGAGUGGCGCCAACAGUAGGGAACUGCAUUAUUCUCGAAAUAAAGAUAAUAAUAGGAAGAAGCUUCGGCGGAGUGGUUUAAAAUGUCUUGUACGAGGAAACCUGAAUUAAAAGACAAGACAGACAUUCCGCCUACGAAAGUACGGAAGCUAGAUGAAAUAGAUGAUCGCUCGGAAGGUGUUUGUGAUGAAUGCAUUUCAUUUGGGGAUUUUAAACUCUCUAGGGUUAUAAACGAAAACAGUCAGAGAAAGAGUGUGUGUGUUGAAGGUACAUUCGCGGGAAAAGAGGGUAUCGCAGUAGUGUUGUUGGAGAAACGGCCAUUUAAUGAACAAAGUAUUAAUGGAAUAUUAUCAUCUCAUAGUUCAUUGAAACAGGAGUUCGUAAAUGACGUGUACGCCAGUUACACGUGUUUACCUAGUGUGCAGUUCAACGGUAUAAAAGCGACGAUCAUACAUCCCGCAACAGAAAAACAUAUUAAGAAAUAUGAGCGACAGAUAUUGCAUAUUGUUGAAGAAACUCCGAGUUACUACCAAGAGAUAACACUGCCUCAUAUAAAAUCGGACCAGUUCGGCAUUCAGUGGGUUUUUAAUAUUUUAGAUCACAAAUCUGAGACUGAUCGUAUAGUAUUUGAAGAUCCUGAUCCUGAAACAGGAUUCAUUUUGCUUCCUGAUUUAAAAUGGGAUACCAAGCAAAUUGAAGACUUGUACCUAGUGGCUAUUGUUAGAAAAUCUGGCAUUCUAUCAUUACGUGAUUUGACAAGUGAACAUUUACUACUUCUGAAAAAUAUAAAGGAAAAGGGAACGAAUGUCAUAAAGGAUAAAUAUAAAAUUCCUGAGACGCAACUACGUAUUUAUCUUCACUAUCAACCAUCAUUUUAUCAUCUUCACGUGCAUUUUACAAAUUUGCAAUAUGAUGCCCCAGGUAUAUAUGCUGAGAAAUCCCAUCUUCUGGGUGAAGUUGUGAGUAAUAUAGAAUUGAUGUCAGACUACUAUCAGAAGGCCACAAUACCAUUUGCCAUAAAAGAAAGUGACAGCCUGUUCCAGAAGUAUGAAGAGAAGAACCUGUUAAAGAGAACUGCUGAGUGACUCUCUCUCUCUCUCUCUCUCUCUCUCUCUUUCUUUCUUUCUUUCUUUCUUUCUUUCUUUCUUUCGUGUGUGUGUGUGUGUGUGUGUGUGUGUGUGUGUGUGUGUGUGUGGAAAUGUUAACAAGGUGCAUUAUUGUUGAGGUGAGGGAGCAUUUGAGAGCUUGCAAUGUAUAUAUUAUCUUAAAAGAAAAAAUUCGGAAGAGUGACAUUUUCCAAGUUUGUGUGAAGGCAUCACUAAUAUUAUUGACAAAGAUUGCUGAUAAAACUACAGUUUCACAAAAAAUAAAAGUAGCCACAUGUUCUCUCAUUCCUUGCAGUCUGUCAAAUUUAAAUAUGCAUAGCAAUUAUGUUUGCUUUAGACUGCUAACUGAACCAAACAAUGCUGUUACAGGUUCAUUUGCUUCAGAAGUGCUACCACUUGUAAAUUUACAUUGUAAAAAUAAUGAGUUUGUUUUCACUCCAAUGUUGCUGAAAGGAAAGUCUUAUGAUAUUCAUUGCAAGUGUUGCUCUAAUAUGGUAUCAGUGUCAUCUGUAACUUUCCAAAGAUUUCUGCCAUUACCUAGUGGUUUCUUGGAAUUUGAAGAUUAUUUUUGUCAUGCUCAUGGUCAGCAGAAUAAUCUCCAGUCCCCACCCUUGUGUAAUUCGUGUGACUGCUUGUAUGGUUCUUAUUAUUUCUUAAUUAAGCCACAUUUACUUAAAGUCAGUAGUGCAAGUGUAAUUAAAUGUGAUCGUUGUCUGUCGUGGAUAGGUACUCUUAAUAAAGAUUUUGCAAAACUCUGGAGUUGCACUGUGUCAUUUGGUGCCGUGACAACAACAUCACAACCCCUAGAAGACUUCCUUAAUGUAAUGAAAGAAUCUCUUGAAGGCAUGCCUGCCUCUGCUGGUAAAGUUUUAAUUGAGUGUGUUGUGUCAGAUAGUAAUACACACUAUAUUCUCCUGUGGGCAUUAGACAAAUUCCUUAAUGUACAUUGUAAUUUGAAUGGAAAAUAUUCUGCUGUAAGUGAAUCAGUUACUAAUAGUGCUGUGACUAUUGUAACAGAAACAAGUCUGCAGUCCAUGAAUACUAUGAAAGUUUUGUAUAAAUAUCAGGAGUGUGCUUCAGAUUGUGUAGGGCUAUGGCAGAAUGACAGGAAUGUACAUACUGUUGAUGUAGCAAAGCAAAUGUUCAUUGCUGGUUUACAGCAUCUAAUGAAACAAACAGAAUACAUUCCAGAACCUUACAAGAUUGUUGAAGAUUUCUUUGUUGCAUAUAUUGAAUUGUAGAUACAGUUUACUUCCAACAUUGAUGAAAAUAUAAUUACCUUAAAAUGCUCUUUUAAUUUCAGAGUGACAGUGUUGUGUGAUAACAACCAGACUGUUUGUUGCGAUCUUAAUGUAAUAAAACAGAAUUUUUUUGCUCAUGUACUUGAAA